GCCCCAAGAGGCCAAGAGUUGGCGCUCGCGAGACUCCCUUAUUUAAGGGGCAUUUUUAGGGGCAAGGGUGACAAUGAGCUUCAUCGUGCCUCAGGACCCACUCACAGAUGAGGAAACGUUUAGCACAGGAGUCAGUAUCAAAGAGGAGCCCAUCGACAGUGUUACCGAAGAGACAUAUCUAGACAUUAAGGAGGAACCACUUGAUUAUGGAGAUGAAAUGAGGGAUGAAGUGAGUGACGUGAAAGUGAAACGUGAAUAUCACGUCUUUCAUAAUCUUCACGACCAAAGACACGAAGCAAAGACGAAGGAAUUGUGUAACCUGGUUCAGAAACGUAAUGACAUGUUGAGAGUGCCAUUUGUGGUUGGGAAGGGGAAGCCAUACUGUUGUGAGAUUUGCAAUAAGACAUUUUCUGUGAAAAGUCACCUGGUGAGGCACAUGAGAGUACAUACAAAGGAAAAGCCAUAUAGCUGUGAGAUUUGCAGUAAGGCCUUCACUGAGAAAUGUACACUUGUAAGGCACAUGCGAGUACAUACAAAGGAGAAGCCUUACAGGUGUGAGAUUUGCAGUAAGGCAUUCUCACAGAAACAGAUUAUGGUGAGGCACAUGAGAAUACAUACAAGAGAGAAGCCAUUUAUGAAAUGAUAACUCAUAUAAUCGUUGACUCAGGCCUCACAUGGGAGUACAUACAAAGGAGAAUCCAAACACCUGUGAGGUUUGCAAUAACUUCCGGUAUAUAUAUUUGUACAUAAAGGUCACAGGCUAUCUAAAAGUAUAUAUAUAUAUGUAUAUGCUCUCACCUAGAGAUGUCCCAAGGGGGAAUGUGAGAUUACAUGAAAUAUUAUGCAUGUAAUCUCACUGGACAUUUUUGGAGAAAAAUUGUCCUAAAUUUUGGAGGAUCUUAUUUCCUGAUUUAUGCUGUGCAUGAUAUUCUAAACAUUUAAUUCUUGUCAUAAGAGCAAAACACACACAUACACAUAUAUAUGUAUGUGUAUAAAUAUAUUUUAUAUAUAUAGAUAAU